AUGGCAACACCAGCAAUCGAAGAAACAAGAACCGAACGCCUCGUAAAAUGGGCCGUGGAUCUGAAGUACAGCGACAUCCCAGAUAAUGUGGUUCAGCGCACCAAAGACUUCUUCCUGGAUACCCUUGGGUGUGCCAUAGCAGGUCGAGAUCACCCCGCUGUCUCUGCCAUGGUGCGGUUCGCAGCACAAAUGGGACCGUCAAGCGGAAAGAGUGAGCUGAUUGAUAGUUCUCAAAAUCUCACGACUAGUCCAGCAUUUGCUAGCUUGAUUAAUGCUGCGGCAUCCCAUGUGGUCGAACAAGAUGAUCUUCAUAAUCGAAGUAUCAUGCAUCCGGCUACUGUGAUCUUCCCCGCUGCACUUGCAGUAGCUCAAGACCUGGAUGCCAGCGGAGAAGAGUUCAUUGCAGCCUGUGUGGUCGGCUAUGAAGUCGGUUGCCGCGUUGGCGAGUAUCUGGGAAAGAGUCACUAUGAGAAAUUCCACAGCACUGCUACAGGAGGAGUCAUCGGCGUUGCAGCUGCGGUGUCUCAUCUCCUCAAACUAAACGCAAGCCAAACACUGUCAGCAGUAGGGACAGCUGGAACUCAAGCCGCAGGUCUCUGGCAAUUCCUCAUGGACGCAACCCAUUCCAAACAAGUACACACCGCAAAGGCCUGUUUUGAUGGCAUAUUUGCCGCCUACAGUGCCCGUGACGGUCUUCUGGGACCGCGCGAUAUCCUAGAAGGACCGCGUGCAAUGGGCGCAGUCCUUGUCCCGGGAGAAACAAACCCGACGGCAAUUGACCAGAAUCUCGGCUCAGAUUAUGCAGUUGUUCGAUCGAGCUUCAAGUGGCAUGCUUCAUGUCGACACACCCACCCGAGCGUGGACGCACUUCUCAGCCUUAUGGCGAAACACGACGUCGCUUUUGAUGACAUUGACUCAGUGCUGGUGCCUACUUAUCAGGCUGCUAUCAACGUGCUUAGUUUGAGUGGUGAGGGGGAGACUGUACACCAGAGUAAAUUCUCAAUGGGAUUCGUCCUUGCUAUCGCAGCGAAGAAGGGCCAGGCUAUGAUCACGGACUUCAUGGAAGAGGAUCUGAGUGAUCAGUCAUUGCGCGAUUUCCAAAAACGUGUGACAAUGGAAUAUAAUGCGGAAAUCGAUGCUCAAUUCCCGGAGAAGUGGCAAGGGACUGUUAUUGUUACAUGCAAGUCUGGAAAGACUUUCACGGAAUCGGUGGAAUUUGCAAAAGGGGACCCUGAACUUCCCUUGACUCGAUCCGAGAUCGAAGCUAAGACCCAUGCGUUGGCCAAGUAUGGCGGUAUCACCGAUGUAAACAAGAUUGGCUCGCUGAUAGCAAGAGUAUGGAAUCUGGAACAUGAAACAGAUGUUCGAGGAUUUGUCUUCUGA